UCAUUUUACCUAGGGAAAUGGGGAGACAGCUGGGGUAGAGGUCCAAGCAGCUUCUUAGUUAUCAACCCGGACAGAUCGCUCCAAAGCAGAAUCCGGGCGUCUAGUAGAACUCAAAUUGGGCGCCAAUGCGACCCUGCCCACCGUGCGUCAGUAUGCAGGCGUGUGCGUAGGGCGGGGAACGGGGGAACGGAGGCCCGGAAGGGCUGGAGCGAGACCUUCUCGAAGACGAAGUAGCCCAGGCCGAGGUGGAGCUUAUGUUGGAGACACAACGGAGGCGGGGCUUAUCCAGACUCCCUGGAAAAAAAGCGUAGCUUGUCACUCACGGGAGAAGGGGCCGGAUUUAGCCUAUCUCUGGAGGAAAGAGUGGUGAGGUGGAGACAGAGGCGGGGCCCACCCGUUAAACGUGAGGUGGGGAGAACUGCCCGUGCUUUUUGCUAGAGGUCUGGGACAGUUGUGCUUCCCGCCGCCACUGCAGACGAACAAGACUGGCAGGGGGAGGGGGCUAGCGCAUCUUGCGGAGCUCUGGCCGUAGUUCCCGGGCAGUCUGCUGUGCUGCCGAGGUGAAUUCGGGCGUUGUGCGUUAGUUGAUAGAAGCACCAUGGAAAAUACUGAAAUUACAAUCGAUUCAAAGUCCUCCAAAAGUUCAGGAUUAAAGAUCUUCCAUAGUAGCAAGUCUGUGGAAUCUGGACUGUCAUCAGACAGCUAUAAAAUGGAUUAUCCAGAAAUGGGGUUAUGUGUAAUCAUAAAUAAUAAAAAUUUUCACCCAAACACUGGCAUGUCAUUUCGUUCUGGGACUGAUGUAGAUGCAGCACAUCUUAGGGAUACAUUCAAAAGCUUGAAAUAUGAAGUCAGAAAUAAAAAUGAUCUGACAUGUAAAGAAAUAAUUGAAUUACUUUACAAUGUUUCUAAAGAAGAUCACAGCCAAAGGAGCACUUUUGUUUGUGUGAUUCUAAGUCAUGGUGAAGAAGGAAUCAUCUUUGGAACAGAUGGAUCUGUUGAACUGAAAAGAUUAACAUAUUUCUUUAAAGGUGAUAAGUGUAAAAGUCUUACAGGAAAACCAAAGAUUUUUAUCAUUCAGGCAUGUAGAGGCACAGAGUUGGAUUGUGGUAUUGAGACAGAUAGUGCCACUGAUGAGGAUGUAACAUGCCAGAAAAUACCUGUUGAGGCAGACUUCUUAUAUGCAUAUUCUACAGCCCCAGGUUAUUAUUCUUGGAGAAAUUCAAAGGAUGGUUCAUGGUUUAUCCAGUCACUUUGUGCAGUGUUGAAACAGUAUGCUCACAAACUUGAAAUCAUGCAAAUCCUUACCAGAGUCAAUCGGAAGGUCGCCACAGAGUUUGAAUCUUACUCCUUAGAUGCUACCUUCCAUGCAAAGAAGCAGGUGCCAUGUAUCAUGUCCAUGCUUACCAAGGAACUCUAUUUUUUCCCCUAAGAACAUCCAUGCAUUUUCAUUUGCAUGCCAAACCAGUGAAUGAUAAAUCUGAGGGCUACAUUUCCUUGGUAAUUUUAAUUGAACACCUUGAGCCUAAUACAGUAUGGCAAUGAGUGGGUUUGGGAGCUUGGGAGAGAAUCACUAUUUCUCCGUUUAAUAGAACCAACACAUUGCUACCUCAAAUUUAGGGAAUUGAAACCAGCUGAUUAGGGUUUGAUAUAUUUACUUUGAAAAGAAAAACAAAUAGACAUUUGUUAUAAGAAGAAACUAUUAUAUCUUCAAAACUUUAAAAGUAAUUACAGACUUAGGGAACAGAAUCCUCAAUGAAAUAGUCAUGGGCUUUGAAGGGAUUGUGGAAAAAUUAACACAUUUACAAAUGUAUUUUUGAAUAUGUUAACAUGAAAUGUAGCAUGGCAUAAUGGCUAAAAGGAUAGCCUUGGAGCCAAGAAGACAUGGUUUGCAGCACUGUCUGAGAUGUGUUCUCUGGGCAAGUCACUUGAUUUAUCAAUAUUCCAGGCAGUAAAGACUGAUCAACAGAAGUAGAAUGAGUUUCCAUUCUGGGAGUUUCUUCACAGACAGGUGAGACUUAGUCAUUCUGACCCAGAUUUUUUUAACUGAAUUUGUGUUCAGUUUUUGUCAAAUGACUGAAAAUGCUUUCAGAACUUCUGCCAUAAUCAUGGUAUGGCUAGAUACCAUACCAUGUUUUUAAUUGCAAAAUUCAUAUUUAGAAUUAAACAAGGGAGACCAUAGAUGAAGUUUGUUUAAUAUGUAACAAUUUUACUCCGUUUCUGAACACAUAAGGGACAUGGGGCUAGGUUUUUUAUCUAUCAAAACUAACUUGAAUAUUAAAUUUAGAAACCAGAAUUAUAUUUGAGCAAAAAUGUGGAUGAGUUCAGAUGCUGUCUUUGAGCCAUACAUAAUCAUCUAGUGCAAGCAGGAUUCAUUCCUAAGCCAAGGUAUUUCAAUGCACCUUGUUUACCAGAGGGAUGCUUGUCCCCACACUGAUCAGAUGGGCUGACUUGUCAGUUAGCCGGAAGGCAUCUAAUGACCUGCUGUGUGAAAAACUGAAAAAUGACUGACUCUGAGCAACACAAAUUUAAUAGAUGCUGGAGAUACAAUUUGAAGCAACAUGGUAUUUAUUAAAGUCAUUUGAAAACUGAUCAAUGGCCUAAUCAUCAGAGGCUUGGCUCACAAAAAUCAAUGAGGUCAUGAAAUCCUUACUUGAAUGGAGUUAUUGACAGGAAGAAGUACAAACUGGAUCUUCAGAUCAAUGGAAAAAAUGGUUCUGAUGACAGCUUCUCAAGUCAACAUCAGUCUUAAUGUACAAAGAACAAACCAAAUAGACACAAGAUCAAAGUUUUCCAAAGAUGGCUGAGACCUAUCCAAAUAUUUGGCACUCUUUAUUGAAGAAUAUCUGUUUGUUAAGUUAUUUUCAGAGACAUUUAUAAUGAUGAGAAAACAGUAGCAAGACUUCAUUUCUUUCUAAAACCUUUGGCCGAUUUACUGAACAUAGACUCUAAAAUAGACUCAUAGAUCUAGAACUGAAAGGAACCUCAGGGGUAAAGCCACCUAGUCCAACUACGUUGUUUUAUUAAAAAGGCUGUGAGAUUGAGUGACUUGUCUAAGACCACACUAGUAAAGAGCCUGUGAAUACAGCCCUCUGUCUCCAGACCAUUAUGCUCUAUCCACUCAGCUGUCCUUAGGCCGUUUUCUUUUACAGGUGAGAAAAAUAAGGCAAAAAGAAGUGCAAUGAUUAGCAUAAGAACAGCAUUAGUGAGGAGCUGAGAUCCAGGUCUCUUGAUUCCUACUUAAUGUCAUCAACAAUCUUUUUGUCUGGUGAUUUUUAAUUGUACUUGAGGGUGGGGAAAGCCCAGACUUACAAGUGGUGAUAUUCCCCUUUUACUGGUGCAUAAAUGAUGUUUCUAAUUUAUGUAAUUUAAAUAUAGCAUGUAAUUGUAAAUGGUACUUGGUUAUAUUUGUGUGACUACUUUUACAAUAAAGAUGUGUUACUUAAGAGUGUUUUUACUUCUAAAAAUAAUUUCUAUAAAAUUCCCUCAUUUCUCUCCCCCUUUUUUAAAAUUUGAAACAAAACUCUUAUUUUUCUCAAAACAUACUUGAAAUUGGAGUAUCAUCCACUGAAUAUAUACUUGGCACUGCUGAUAGCAAACUGUGUUCUGGUGUUUUUAGUAUAUAGGAUUAAUAAUAAGGAUAAUAAGAUGUAAUUAAUUAUAUAAUUAAUAUAAGAUGUAAUUAAUUAAUUAAGAUAUAAUAAGGAUAAUUAAGAAUAAGGAUAAUAAUCUAAUAAGGAUUAAAUCUAUAGGGUAGAUCAGUGGUUCUCAAACUUUUUUUUUCCUUAUCUUUAUCCUAUUAAAAAUUAUUGAGGAUCUCUCCAAAGCGUUUUUGUUUAUCUGGGUUAUAUUUAUAGACAUUUAUCAUAUUGGAAAUAAAAACUAUUUUUGAAUUUGUAGACUCUGUAAAAGAGUUUCAGAGAUUCCCCAGGAUUCUCUAGACCAUACUUUGAGAACCAGUGGGGUAGAUCAUUUGUUCACUGAUUAUUGUGUUUCUAGGCAUUGUACCAAGAGCGGGAAUACAAUUUCAAAAACAGAGACAAUUACUUCUCAAGGAAUUUACAUUCUAAUGGGGGAAAACAUCCAACUCUACAAUUCUUGUACUCAGGGAUAUAUUGUGAACUUCAUAAUGAAGAAAAUAUUUUAUUCCCCUAAAGGUUUUACCAUUGAAUCUUCUAAAUUAGUCAGGAAGUUUCUUAUAGAGUGGCAUAAUGGAACACAAUAGCCAACCAACAUCAUAAUCCUGACUAGCCAUUUUCAUUUUUAAAAAAACAAGUAGUUUUUGACGUCUUAAAGAUUUUUAUGUACACUUUUUCCUCCUUCUUUCCCCAAUUACAAUCAGUCUAAUCUAAAUUAUACCUGUACAAUCAUAUUAAGCAUAUUUCCACAUCAGUCAUGUUGUGAAAGAAGAAUCAGAACAAAAGGGAAAAAUGAGCAAAAAGUAAUAGUUCAAUUUGCAUUCAAACUCCAUAUUUCUUUCUCUGAAGUCAAUACAGGACUACUAUUCUCCGAUAUCUCUAUUUACUAUGCCAGUAUCUCUGAGAAUGUAGAACAAGGCAAUAAAGAACAUUCCCUGGGGAUGUGGGAAAACUGGGACAAUAGUGUAUUGUUUGGUGAAGUUAUAAAUUGAUCCAACCAUUCUGGAGACUAAUUUAAAACUACCCAGAGAACUCAAACUGCAUACUCUUUGAUCCAGCAAUGUGUCUAUUAUAUCCUAAAGAGAUUAUAAAAAAGGAAAGGAAUCCUAUAUGUAAAAGUGUUCGUAGUGACAAGGAACUGGAAACUGAGUGAAUACCCAUCAAUUGGGAAAUGUCUGAAUAAAUUACGGUAUCUGAAUGUAGUAGGAUAUUGUUCUAUAAGAAAUAAUGAUUUCAGAAAGACCUGGAGAGAACUACAUGAACUGAUGCUAAGUAAAGUAAGUAGAACUAAGAAUAUUGUACACAGCAAUGUGAAAGAUUAUGUGAUGAUCAGUUGGGAUGGACUUGGUUCUUUCAACAAUGAAGUUAUUCAAGACAAUUCCAGUAGACUUGUAAUGGAGAGAACCCUCUAUAUCCAGGGAGAGGACUCUGGGGACUGAAUGUGGAUCAAUCACAACAGUAUUUUCACCUUUUUUGUUUGCUUUUUUUUUCCCUCUCGUUUUUUCCUUUUUGAAAAGAUUUUUCUUGUGCAACAUGAUAAAUAUGUAUAGAAGAAUUGCACAUUUAACCUAUAUUGGAUUACUUCCUGUCUAGGGGAGGGAGUACUGGAAAAGGAGGGAGAAAAAUAUGGAACACAUGGGUUUGCAAAGGUGAAUGUUGAAAACUAUCUUUGCAUGUAUUUUGAAAAAAUAAAAAGCUAUUAUAAAAUGUGUAUAUAUAUAAAUAUAUAUACGUACACAGACUUGGCACGCAUGCACGCACAUAACUACACAUAGACACAUACACAAACAUUCCAUGGAUCUUAAGUUAGACUAUUCUUGCUGGGAUGCAUUGAAUUUGCUGAUUAAGCAAGAAAAGGGAAGUUGUGUGCCUAUUCUCCAAGAAUGGAACUUGCCCUCUAAGCUCUUCUCCAAAAAAACCACAACCUCCCCAAAUUCACAUGCAAUACAAAAAUUGUUUCACAGCCUUGUGCUAAAUAAAAAGAGAGAUACCCUUCCAUAGGGUUCUGCUCUAAUGUCUUAUUGCUAUGUAGUUCUUUAUGUAUAUUUGGUAGGUUUUUUCAUUUAGGAAAGGCUUUGAGAACAUUUUCUGGCAUCAGAAAAUGACUCUUUUCCAAGGUCUAGCUAACUACAGGGAGUUUAUUUUCCGCAAGAUAAUUAUCCUGAAUACAUUUAAAUGUAAAACUGGAAGCUGCUGGCCAUGGUUAAAACAGAGUAAGUUUUUGUUACUAACGUGAGAGUCAUUUUGGAAUAAUCUGUAUGAGAUCAUAAACUUGAUUUGGUUGAGUAAGAAAAAAGAAAGGAAGCAAGGAUUUAUUAGGUACCUAGUAUAAGCCAAAUAUCACUAAGAGCUUUAUUCAUUUUAUCCUUAACAACACCCUUGCAGGUGAGUUAGCUAGAUGUUUAACUUGCCUAGAGAUACAGGUAAUAAGUAACUGAGGCUUUAUUGUUCAAGACCAUCUCAGAGUAAAGAUCAAAAUCAAUAACAAACCUGAUAGUUCAAUAACCUGUUAAUGCUACAAAAAGGGAAAACAAACAUGGACCUGGGCUAUAACUUUUCCUACUGAAGCUAAAUUGAUAUAAAGCAGUCUCCAAUAAUAAGAAAAUCUACAAGAGUCUUUUUAGAUGUUCCUCCUUGCCAAGAGGAGGAACAUGGCUACAAGGACAUCACCAAUUUAGAAUAUGGACUUGAUUUGCAAAACCUUACACAGAUGACUGGUAAAAGGUUAUAAAGAGUAUUAUCUCAUUUAAAACAACAAAAACCAAGAAAUGACAGGGAGAAAAAUUUGAAGAAAGCUUGUUAUCUUCCAACCAGGAGCUCUUAAAACACUUUUGUUUGCCUUUCUUAGAAGAACCUUUUUAGUUAAAAUCCCAUGUAAUCACAGCUUCCUUUUGUUUUCUGGUUUUAUUGAUAAUAGGGAUAUCAAGACUGAUUAUCUCCAGCAAUGUUUCCUUUUCUAUCAAUAUGUAUUCUUUGCUUCAUGGUUUGUUCAGAGAGAAUAAUUUUAAUGUACAAAAAUCAUAAAAAUAAAAAAAAUCUCUAUAAAAAUAAUGUAAUUUGACUGAAAACAAGAAGCGAAGUUCCUUUUAAAAUAACUACAAAUUGCUGUCUACCAAGGGACACUCAAAAUCUAUGCAAUUGCAGAUGCUCCUAAAAGACAGAGGCAAAAAAACUCUUAAAUACAAUCUUGCCUAAGUAUCUAAUUUAUAGGCUUGGUGCUAUACUAAUAAAACUACCAAUGGGAUGCUUGAUUUGAGCUAGAAAAUUUAAUCAUCCAACUGGAAGAAAUAAGCAUUUACAAUCUCAUGGGAAAUAGAUAAUAGGAAAAAGUAAGGGUGAAAGCGCAGCUAGGUGUUCAAACAAUACUUCUGAUCUGUGUGAACCUGGGCAAGUCACUUAAUCCAAUUUUGCCUAAGGAAAAAAAAGGAUAAAAAGAUUAAUUUUAUUGUAAAUCAUAUUGUCAAAUAAUAAUUGUUAAAACAUUACCAUUAACAAAAAAAUAAACAGGUUUAAUAAGAGUUGUAAGGAAUACUGGGAGGCAAUUAGGCCAAAUUGGGAUUUAGAUAAACAUGUAUAUUCAUAUAAUAAGUUCAAAAUAAAUUCGCAAUUUGAAUAUUAAAAGUCCUACCAUAAAAACAAAAAAAAAGAAAAGAUAAGGUGCCUUUCACAGCUAUGAUGGAGUGACUUAAAAUAAGGGAUUGAAAUGAUUACAAAAGAAAAUGAAUAAUUUCAAUCACAUGAAAUUGUAACUGGAAUGAGAAGGAAAAAACAGAAGACUAAGGAAAAAAAUCUUGGUAUCUAAUAUCUCUAAAUAGGGUUUGAUAUGAAAUACUUAAGGGCAGUAGGAAGGGAACAGAUUUUUACUAUACCAAAAACACAUGUACCCAUAUAUAUGCACCAACAAUAAUUUACUGAUAAAGGAUCACAAGUGAUUAACAAUAUGAAAGAAUAUUCUAAUGCAGUAAUAAGAGAAAUGCAAAUAAAAUUGGAAACAUAGUAGAUAGCUGUCAGUUAGGAAUGCUUCAAAUCAUCAAGGAUUUUGUUAUAUAUAUGCAUGCUUUACAUAAAAAUAUAUAUAUGCAACUAUAUAUGUGUAAAUAUAUAUGCAACUUCUUCACAAUUUGAAUUCAUAUUAGUUAACAACUUAUGUGUAAUGCUAUAUAAAACACGUAAUUAAUUGCCUUAGUAGGAGUAUGUAUAUAUAUAUUUUUCUAUCAUUGUCCAACUCAUUUGUAUCCAUGUCAGAAUAUGUAUGAACACAGGACAGUUAGUGGCUCAAUGGAUAGAGCACCAGCCUUGAAGUCAGGAGAACCUGAGUUCAGAUUUGACCUCAGACACUUAACACUGCCUAGCUGUGUGACCCUGGGCAAGUCACUUAACCCCAAUUGCCUCAGCAAAAAAAAAAAAAAAAAAAGUACGUAUGCGUUAACAUGACCAUCAGCUGGCACUCUAGAUUAUAAUGCCCAUUAAUGUCGAUUUGUUUUUACCAUAAUUACUCAAAUCAAUAGUGGUUUAUUAACAGAUAAUUAUCACCAUUUUGCAUCUAAGAAAACUGAAACAGAGAAAGGUUAAGUAAUUUACUCAGAGCAACACAGAAAAUAAAUUAGUUGAACUCAUCUUCCUGAUUCCAUGUACUAUUCCAUGUACACUGUUUUGCCUAAAAUAAAAACUUUUUUGUCAUUCAAAAUCCUUCACAAUCUGGCUCCAAACUGCCUUUUCAAAAGACUUAUACACAUAUGUACACUUCACUUUAUAAUCCAAACAAGCGACCUUCCUAUUUGUCACAUACAACCUUCCAUAUAGCAUAUAUAGGUCCUUGUGUAGAUUGUCCUCCAUGCUUCCAUUACAAAUCACUUAUGCAUAUACUUAGUCUAUUUGAGCUUUUCUUUCCAUCUUUAUUUUCUGUAUUUCUAUUUCUAUGUCAUUGUGGAGCCUUAACAUUAGAAUUGAAAAGUGUCCUACUAUCACUGAUGAGAAUUGUUGUCCUUCCAAUUUCAUCUUUAGAUACUCUCAAAAUUACCUGACUUAUUGGACCUUUUGCUAAACUUCUCUAAAAUAGUUUUUCUCCCUACUAUCUAUCUCUAUUUUAUGAAGCAUUAAGAUAGAGGAUCUUUCAUGACCUGCCUAUAAGGUUGUUCUGCAUUAUUAUCUUUGCAUGAAUGUCCCAGCAAUUUCUGAAUAUAUUGUAUAUAGCCCAUCUCUCCUUGGAAUUGAAUCCACUCUUAUAACAAUGAGAAACAGUUAAAAUAACUGAUAUACUCUGUGUAUAACAAUAUAUGUAACACUGUUCCCUGCCUUUGAAAAGAGAAUUCAAGUUUCCUUAUCUGGUUCCUUAUUCAGGUUUCACUGGAACCAAGAUUAGUUAUUAUAAUUAUUCAGUGUUUAGUUUCCUUUUAAUGUUUUUAUUUAUACUACUAUAGUAAAAUUGUGUAUUUUGUUCUGUUUUUACUCAUCAUUCUGUAUCAAUUCAUAAAAAAUCGUCCUAUAUUUUUGAAUUUUUGUUGGUCCUUUUUUUUUUUUAAUACUAUUGUUAAAUUCAUAUACCACAUUUUGUUCUGCUAUUCCUUAAUUUGUGCUUACCCACUUUGUUUCCAGUUUUUUGCUAUCACCAAAAUAAAGUGCUGCUAUGAAUAUAUGGGUA